UUGCGUGUGUUGACAACAAAUAGUGUAACGUCGCGGAUGGGUGAGGUUUGCAUGAUCAGUACUAGAGAUUUGUAUUAGUCUCAGUGUCUCACCCACAACAAAAUAAGUUGGAAAGUAAAAUGGCGUUCCGCGAUGGUGCUCUGUUGGUGGUUCUGGGGCUGUGUCUGCUGUAUGUGAAGAGCAGUGAAGCGAAUGCAGACGUGGAACACAACAAUCGUCACGACCUGAUUGUGAAGCUUAUGGAAGUGCACAACAAGCUGGUCAUUCCCAGGACGCCCGUCCAACUUUCUUUUGGCCUGGUAAUGCGCGCAAUCGAGGAUGUGGACGAGAAGGCAAACAUCCUCCGAAUUUCCGUUUUUUCCGAUAUGGCAUGGUCUGACCACCGUUUCCAGUGGGACCCUGCAAACUAUAGCGGAAUAUAUUCUGUGAGUCUACCACUAAAUAGUGUCUGGCGUCCAGACCUCGUCCCAAGUUACGCUAAGAUUGAGGAGGAACAUGUCACCGUGGCUGCGUUUGUCGACGGGACUGUUCGAUCCUACGUUCCGCAGCGUUUAUCCAUACCGUGCUCUUUUGACUUCAACGACUACCCGUACGAUGUCCAUACCUGCGACCUUAAGUUCCAAUCCUGGACUCAUUCCGGUAACAGGAUCAAUCUGACUAUCAUUGAUGAGACAGCAGCCAGCUUGACAUACCAUCGUGACAACAGCCAGUGGGAGAUUCUGUCCUUCAAAGCGACUAGGACUGCGACUACGUAUCCGUGUUGUCCCAACGAAGAGUAUAUCGACGUGUCGUACCGCAUCCAAUUCAAACGCACGGUGGGCGAGUACCAGGUCCGCGUUGUGACGCCCUCUAUCAUCACAUCACUUCUGAUCCUGGUGUGUUUUCUCAUCCCUCCACUCUCUGGUGGGAGGAUGGUUCUCUGCUCCGUCGUCAUCCUCGGCCUCUUGCUUCAACUGGCAAUUCUCAACCUGACUGUGCCCAUCCGCGGUCCCAACGCCCCCUUCAUGGCCGACUUCCUCUGUUUCAGCGUGUUCUUGGCCUUCUUUGCCGCCAUCGAGAGCGUGGUGUCAAUGAAUCUCUCCAGUUGGGGGUCCUUGAGUGGGAGUGGCAACAAUAAUGGUGACGCCUCCAAAGACGGUGAGGAGCUCGUGGCGCAACCCAAGCCAAAUUUGUUCCUGAUGCAACUCGCCCGAAUCAUCGACUUGGUCUGCUUCGUCGUCUUCACCGUAGUCUUUGCUAUUGGCGGAGCCAUCAUACUCAAUCCUAAGACGGAGUAGAGAGGAAUACGUGACACUUCCAACAACCCACACAUGUUUGUUUUACAUACGCUAUGUGGACAUUCAUUUGUUUUCGUGUAGUUAAGAAAACUCGGUGCAGAAAAUAUCUUCACUUAAACUGUGAAAACUCUUCCAACCCCCAUUUUUUUGAUUUCCUUGAAUGUUUCUCUUCUUUCUGCGACGGAUAACCCUAACCUGAAAAUGCCUCUUAACCUGUUUUCCAGAGAGGGCGAAACGUUAUGUGAACACGGCUUAAUCCACAUAACGUCAACACAACCUGCAUUAUAUGGACAUCUUUUGUUCACAUGUCCACAUAGUGACUGUAAGACAAACUCACAACCGGCAAUUUUUAAUAUUAAGCCUUGAAACCGCGGGGGCAUUAGUGUUCUCUAUCCGUCGUGAUUAGGGAUAGUAACGAAAAUGGUUCCAUCACUGAAAAACUUUGCACUGUUGCUCAUCUGAAAUCCUAUCUGGUUCGCCGUUAGUGACUUCGUCAUACACGCACGCGCACCAGCGGGCGUGGUUUAAACUGAAAUGACGUCAAACGAACGAACCGGAUAGAUUACCUGUGACGGUAUACUAAAUAGUGGGGUUGUUUAAUAGGAAACAGAAUUGUGUACUUUGUGACUGAAGAACGAAGCUUCCCUUGUUGGUUCUUCAUGCCAUGAAAACAAUUUUCAGAAUGUAGAAGUAUUUUAUAUUUGACCUCUGUUGACCUUUAAGAGGUCACCGACCUUUACAUACUCUAUUGUGACAAUUGUUCUUAAAAGCAAGACUUUCGUAUGGCUCAAGUCUACGUCAUAUGUGAACUGUUGAAUGGGAUGUUGCCAGACUACUUGUGCAUUUUAGCCUCACUUUAUUUUUUUUUAAUGUGGCUUAACACAUUAGGGCAUCUUUAAUCACAAAUUCAAAUUAUUCAUUAAAGCAGACUGGUACUUAUUUUUAAUUAACUUUAUGUCAUUGCUGUGAUUAAUAUCUCUUCGAAGGUUCCAAAAAUGAAUAUUUUACCUCCCUUUCAAUUUAAUAUGGCCGAUUCGUGAAUUAAGUCCAUAGACCAGUGACUUAGACGUGAUUCAUGAGAAAGUGGCAUUCUUAAGAACAGUUGUUAUAAAUACGGUGUAUUAAGGUCAUUGACCUCUAAAAGGUCACCAGGGGUCAAAUAUGAAAUGCCCUCACAUCUAAACAUUUUCUUCGUGGCAUGAAGAACAACCGUGCGCAGUUAAAUGCACAGUCGUUAGUUAUGUGACCUCAACAGCCCCACUAAAAGCGCCAUCAACGGGCAACCCCAAAUAUCUAAGCAUCUCUAGCACGCUAUUUUUCCUACGAUAAAACAGGUAACAUUGCACUUUAACACAUUUCAAAGAAGUGAGCAAGCGUGUACAUAUUAAACAAGUUAAGUAUUUUCUAACAGUAUGUUAAACAAGGUGGUUAGUAUUUCUUAACAGCGCUCACAGGUUCAAUAUCGACAAGGUGUUUAGUAUUUCUUAACAACAUUUAUAAGUCAAGUCCGACAAGGUGUGUAAUAUUUCUUAACAGCGUUUACAAGUUCAACUAUGUGUUUAGUAUUUUUUUAGCGUUUAUAAAUUCAACAAGGCGUUUAGUUUCUCAAAACGGCGUUUGUAAGUUCACCAAGUUUACUUCAGUUUAGUAUUUCUGCACAGCGUUUAUAAGUUAAACGAGGUGUACAGAACAGAACGGUGUUAUAAACUUGAAUAACAUAAGGUUAUCAAGUUAUCUAACAUAUAAAGUUAAAUAAGGGGGUUAGUAUUUCUGUACAGCAUUUAUAAGUUAGAUGAGGUUUAUGAUAUAUCUUAACAGCGUUUAUACGUUAAACAGGAUGUCAAUUAUUUCUUAACAUGAUUUAUAAUUCUGGUCCGACAAGGUGUAUAAUAUUUCUUAACAGCGUUUAGUUCAGCAAGGUGUAUAGUAUAUUUUAUUUACGUUGAUAAGUUCAACAAAAAGUUAAUUUUUUUCGAAAUGACGAGUAUAACUUCAACAAGUUCAGUAUUUUUUGCACAGCGUUUAUGAGGUCCACCAGGUGUUUAGUAGUUCUUAACAGUGUUUUUAGAUUAUUAAAUUGGGUUUGUUUUUCUGAACAAGUACGAUGAAUUUUCAUAUAAGUAAUUCUUUAAUUUAGGCCCUCCUUUUAUCGCAAAAUACAUUGUAUUUCUAAUUCGUGGCCCUGACGGAUUUUCUUUAUAAAAGGGAAAUAAAGUCCGAAAUGUCUUUAGGUCGGAUGUCAUCAUU